AUGAGAUUCUCAGAACUACCGUUCGAAAUCCUUACGCAGAUUGCUGAUCAUCUAGCGGCAACGGAUUAUCUUUCUUGUGCUUUGGUGUGCAAGGGAUGGAGAUACUCAUUUCAAAAGGCUCUAUGGAGAGAUAUACAGAUUUAUACUUAUCACGGCAUGCAAAAACUUAUCGACAGUAUUAAUUCCUCCAAAGAUGUACCUACAGUACACGGCAGCUGGAUUCAUAGUCUACGCACAAAUACUUGUGACAAUAACCCAGACAUAACAGAGAUGCAAUUCUCUGAAUUAUUCAGACACCUACCGAACUUGAAGAGCCUAGAUUUACGGGAUAGAAGUUAUAAAGAUAUCUACACACCGAUAACAAGAUCAUACGAAAUAUGGAAAUCUCUGGAAGUUUUAAAAACACAAUCCAAAGGAACCAAGGAGAUACAGUCAGCAAAGAAUCUACUUGAACUUAUAAAUACAUGCAGCAUGCUCCAGGAAUUAGAAAUACUUAAGGAAGGAUCGGGCUAUCGCACGGAGUUUUGCAUAGACGACUUUGACAGCAUCCACCAAAACUUGCAAAACUUAUCGUCAAUCAGUGCUGGAAUAUACCUCAGUUCUGAAUUUUCUACUGCAUUGGACGCAAUUCCAAACACAACACCAGCUUUUACCAUGACAUCCCUAGAUAUAAAUUCAAAAAUAUAUAAACGUUUAAGGAGAAUGGGAGCUGACAACCGGAGUAACUGGAAUCCUUUGUGGCUGUACUAUUUUGGAUACAAGUAUCCAAACUUGCGUUCCCUAAAGCUCCAUGUCACAGAUACACGGCAUAAAACAAUAUAUUCGGACCAGAGGAAAGCAUUGGUAUCUCUUUUUCAAUCCAAUCCAAACGCAUUUCAGCAUGUAGAAUCAUUCGAACUUACGAACGACAAAUAUUUCGAACUUUUUGACUUUGUUUUAUGGGAAUUGUUUUAUGUAUUAAAAGUUCCUCUUAAGCAUUUGUCCUUGAAUGCAAGAAGCAGAGGUUUCCCUGACAACUCAUGCCCUAUGAGCCUCGACAGAAUCUUACAGUCCUUUUCUGAAACACUCAAGAGUCUUUCACUUUCAGGGUUUAUACUUGAAUCUGUGGGCCGAGCCAAAGGUCUAGAAUUAUCUUCUUACUAUCCUCUUUUGACAAACCUUUAUAUCAAUAGCAGAGUUGGGCAUCUUGAUCUGGAUGAUCUAUUGGAUAAACUUGUGGCCCUCAAAGAACUAAAGCUUUGUUGUGCAACAUUGCUUAAUAAUCCAAAAACGACAGCCGAUAAGUCAAAGCACCAGCACCAGCAGCAUCAUGAACUGGAAUUUUUGACGCUAGACAACUGCUCUGUACCUGCUGAAGUAUUUACUCCCCUCUCUUUCAGGUGCAGAAGUUUAAAACAUAUGACUCUGCAUGAUAUGUGGGUCACUGGAUCUAUUUGUGAAAAAACUGGAUGCUUGUUACUCGAUAUGCCACAUACUUUCCUAAAAACUCUGAACGUCUGCUAUGUUCAAUUCGGAGAAAGAUACACAUCUAUAAGUGAAGAUGAAGUUAUCAACAUGAUGCUACUCUCCCAAUUAAACGACGCUCCAUUAACAGACAAAAAUACCGACAGAGAACAAAAGGAGAUGAAUUCAAAGCACCCAACAGUAGCAAGUCAUAAUAUUGAUUGGCUCUUUACAUUUUCUUCCAGUGAGGAAUAUGAGGAAUACAUUACAGUAACUACAAAACUUUCAAAGGAAAGAGCCAAUAUCGUAUUUGAAUACUACCAAAACUUUCAGUCCAGAAAAACCGACCCAAUUUUAAAAGAUAAUAUUCCGUACAAUAGGAGAAAUCCAGAGACCGCCUGGGAAUACGAACUUUACAAAGGAUACGGCGAAUUGAGGGUUGGGAAUAUUGAAUCUUCUCCUGUUAUAUGUGUAGAAAAAUAUGUCGAAUAUUAG